GGGAGCGGAGGCCACCAGAGCCACGCCUGGGGUGGCUCCGCCGGUGUCCCCAAGAUGUCCCCAAGAUGUCCCCAAGACGUGCCCGUGUCCCCAGACCCGGGGGUGCUGCGGGGGGUCCUGGAGGGUCACGGGGACGCCGUGUGGGGCCUGGCCUUCGAUGUCACCGGGCGUCACCUGGCCUCGUGCUCGGCCGAUGGCACCGUGCGCCUCUGGGACCCCCGAGGGGACGGCAGCCGCGGUGGCACCUGCCUGAGCGUCCUGGACGGGCACAAAGAUCACGGUGUCCCCACCUCGGUGACGUUCGUGGCCACCCAGCCGGCCCAGCUGGUGGCCGGCUUCCGCUCGGGUGCCACCGUCCUCUACGACCUCGAGGCCACCAAGGCCACCCUGGUGUCCCCAAACGGCGGUGAGUGACCCCCCCUUGCUGUCCCCAGGGUCACCUGGGGUCACCUGGGGACAC